GUUACAUCUUGCCAACUAUCCGAUGCUUGAUGUUACUACGCCCGUGCCUAUCGAUUUGAACCGGUCCGCAGCGCCCUCGCCCUCGACUUCUACAUAAUGUGGAUUCUACCCUUGGUAGGGUAUUUGGGGGUUAUUGUAGGGUUCGCUUUCCUUACGUUAGCGAUAGCCUCCGGUCUUUACUACCUCUCGGAGCUUGUGGAGGAGCAUACAGUUCUCGCCCGUCGGCUGUUGUACCGGCUGAUAUACAGUAUCAUCGCCGUUCAGAUCCUUCUCUACUUAUUUGACCGAUUUCCUUUCUCCUUGACCGUCCUCAGUAUCGGCUCGCAUAUCGUAUAUGCCAGCAAUCUCCGCCGCUUCCCCAUAGUCAAGCUGUCCGACCCUCUCUUCAUCCUAUCAUGCGGGCUCGUCGGGUUGAAUCAUUGGCUUUGGUUUCGCCACUUUUCACAGCCAUUGCCUUCAUCGCGUGGCGCUAGCAGCUGGCGCCAACCAUAUCAGGUUAACGUGGAGGAUAUGCCAACCUUCACAGAGGUUGCGUCUUAUUUUGGACUCUGUGUCUGGCUGGUUCCAUUCGCGCUCUUCGUCAGCCUCAGCGCGGGCGAUAAUGUCUUGCCUACCAUGGGCUCCGAGUAUGCCACAGGCGACCGUGUGCCUACUUCAGGGUUCACCCCGGGUACAUUUGCGUCCGACGGAAAGUCCAAGAACAAGGGAAUGGCCAAGGCCCUGGUGGAUGGCGUGCGGGACUGGGUUAAAGAUAACGGGGAAUUGAUGGGUUUCUGGAAGGGUGAACGGGCAAAAGGCUUUUAGGGACGAGAUUAUUUUCUGCUCUAGGCCUUUGUACUAACAUCAUCUUGUCGGAUACCCUUGGCGUUCUGCUCUCGGAUCAAUUUCCUACGGGCUCUCAGUGAAUGGCUGGAGGGAAGCCUUCAUGAGGUACCCACUAGCAGUUACCUGUUCUGGUGGAGUUGUCUUAUUUAUACUAGCUAUAUAGGCUAAAGAAACAAACCAAUGUGAAUCCGCAGUUCUCAAAGUGU